AGUGCCCUGCAUCUCCUCCUGUUGUUUCGGCAACCUUACAUAUUACGCUUAUUACACUGUCCAGCUGCCAGUCAUGGAAAACAACUACUUUGAAUUUUAAAACAGAAGGCACUCACAGGACUCAUCGCAUUGGACGCAAAAUUCUUGGCACCCUGCGUAACAGGCGCAUUUGUUUGGAUACUCUCUGCACAGAAAAAAAUCGGACUACUUUCCGUGAAUUGAUUUCCUGAAAACAGAUUUAUAGAGCUACUUUUAUGAGCUGGUAUGAGCAAUUACAGCAAAGCUGGGACACACAGUGUUAUAGUGCCGCUCCCUGAUUCAGCACCCAGUGAUGGAUAGCGCUCAUUGCGCGGAAACUGAUGGCACAGUACUCGCUCUCCUCCGGUCCAAACAGCGCUGACAGUGAGCAGAGACGGAGAGUUAUGGAUGCUGAGAUCUAAAGUAAGUCAGUCAGAGCGCUGUCACUGUCAUUCCCCGCCCACAGACUUGAAAGCGGUUAUCGUGACAGUAGCUGUGAUGUGGUCCUAACGUGCUUCUCAGCUGCGAAGAUGACAGAUGUUGCUCACACUUUUCCACAUAGCGUUUCGACAGUGGACGGAAGCUGCUCCGUGCUUUCUUGUGAAGUUUUCUUUGCUGUCAAGAGGACGAAAUGGGAUCCAACCACCUGUUCUCCGCCGGGACAGCUUUUAUUUGGGCGCUACUCUUGAGUCCGGCCGCCCUCUGUGAUGAGAAGACCCACUCACAUGCUGAAGAUGACCUUUUCAAGACCCUGUUCGCUGGGUACAACAAGUGGUCGAGACCUGUGCCAAACAUCUCCGACGUCGUCAUUGUCAAGUUUGGACUCUCCAUAGCCCAGCUUAUUGAUGUGGAUGAAAAGAACCAAAUGAUGACAACCAACGUGUGGCUUAAACAGGAGUGGAAUGACUACAAGCUUCGCUGGAGACCGUCUGACUAUGACAACGUGACAUCCAUAAGAGUGCCGUCAGAGCUCAUAUGGGUACCAGAUAUCGUCCUCUAUAACAAUGCUGAUGGUGAAUUUGCUGUGACCCACAUGACAAAAGCUCACCUAUUCUACACGGGCAAAAUUCGCUGGGUGCCUCCUGCCAUUUACAAGAGCUCUUGCAGCAUUGAUGUCACCUUCUUCCCCUUCGAUCAACAAAACUGUAAAAUGAAAUUUGGCUCCUGGACUUAUGACAAGGCCAAAAUUGACUUGGAGCAGAUUGAAAAUACUGUGGAUCUCAGCAACUACUGGGAGAGCGGUGAAUGGGCCAUCAUCAAUGCUGUGGGAACGUAUAAUACAAAGAAAUAUGACUGCUGCCAUGAGAUUUACCCAGACAUCACCUACUUCUUCAUCAUCCGACGUCUUCCCUUAUUUUACACAAUCAACCUCAUCAUCCCCUGUCUGCUGAUCUCAUGCCUCACGGUUUUGGUUUUCUAUCUACCGUCAGACUGCGGUGAGAAGAUCACCCUGUGUAUCUCUGUGUUGUUAUCCCUCACCGUCUUCCUGCUACUCAUCACGGAGAUCAUACCGUCCACAUCCCUUGUUAUCCCUCUCAUCGGCGAGUACCUCCUCUUCACCAUGAUUUUUGUCACCCUGUCCAUCGUUAUCACUGUCUUUGUCCUCAACGUCCACCACCGCUCUCCCAGCACUCACAAGAUGCCCCACUGGGUCCACUCUGUGUUCCUGGACUUGAUUCCACGUUGGUUGUUCAUGAGGCGGCCCGCACCGGAUGGCCGCCGUCGCAGGCUGCUGCUCCUUCAACAGGAAGCGGCGGCAGAGCGGCGGCAGCUCCGAAUAGCCGGGUAUAAAUCGGGCAACUGCAUCAGCACCUCAGCUAACUGGCUAAGAGAUGGGACCACACUGGAAGACCCCGAGAGAAGCUGUUAUGAGGACUUGGAGCUGGGAACACUGACAUCCUAUUUCUCCUUCCGUCCUCCUUCGCCCAGACCUCCAGGGUCAACUCCUCCGCCACAACAAAAAACCCCACAGAACAGCCAGAGCCGACAAGAGGUGGUGGCAGGGGGGAACAGGCACUUAACUGGAACCAGAGGUAAUUCCACUCCUCGGCCGGCUAAAGUUGACAAUAAAGUGUCACAGUCAGCUUUCCUGCUUUCACCAAGUGUCAUGCGUGCAUUAGAAGGGGUGCACUACAUUGCAGACCACCUGAGGGCUGAGGAUGCUGACUUCAGUGUGAAAGAGGACUGGAAGUAUGUCGCCAUGGUGAUUGACCGUAUCUUCCUGUGGAUGUUCAUUAUUGUCUGCCUGCUUGGGACAAUUGGCCUCUUCUUGCCCCCGUGGCUAGCCGGCAUGAUUUAAGGCUUCUGGGAAAGGGUUGAAUUCACAGUCACCUCCUCUUGAAAGAUACUUUAAAGUGUAGCUGAACUCUUCUUUAAUCUGACUCAACUUUGUGUAACUCGGUGCAACCCAGGCGUCCUCAAAAGGCCGUUGUGCUCUUUACACGUCACCAAAUAUAACUUAUGAAUAGUGGAGACAACUCGGCUAUUUUCAUAUUCUUAUUCCCAGUUGGGUAAAAAUCAACUACAAUCUACAUUUUUAAGGGAAGAUCAGACUCAGCUACCUACUGUUAGCUAUAAAGUCUUGGCUCAAGUUUCAUCUCAGACGCACUUUGUCAGCCUCAGGUUUACUCCUUAAGCAUCAUCUGUAACAUUUCUCAGGUUGUUUUUGACCUGAAUGCAAACAUUUGCAUGUUAACAUUCACUAAAGUUAACAUGGCUGUUGAAAACUGUGCUGAUGUUGGUAUUUUAAUGUGCAAAUGUUAAUCCCUUUUUAGCAUGUUAGCAUAACAUGCUAGUUAAAUAUGUAGUGCCAACGGCUGUGUUAGUAGGGUGUCACAGUGAUCACAUUUUUCUUUCCUAUAGUUUCAGGGAUUGCAGCUUAAAACUCAACAACUUAAUAACAUUGCAUUCACUGAUAGCAGAGGGAUCAGUGGAAGCUGUUUGUCAUCUUGCUGUCUUAGCAGAAGUCAAACUCUGAAUCAGACUCAGUUUAUCAUCCCAAUGUUAGCUUGUUGUAAAAGGCUCAAGGAUGGAGAUUAAAACAUUAAGAAAA